UGUUUUUUGUGUUUUUUGUUGACGUGUUAACAGUGAAUGUGUGUUGCAACCGUAUUGCAACUGUAUAUUAUGCAUCGGAAUGCACAAGGAGUGGAAACGUCAAAAAUUGAAAACAUUUAAAUAUACACUUGUUCUGUAUUUGUAAAUAAAUAAGCAUUUUAUACUCGACAAUUAAAAAAAUAAUCGUGACUUAAAUCUAAAUUUGCAAACCAAAGAAAUAUUAAAUGUUUGUAAUGUCAAUUUUGUGAAUGUAAGCAAAAGGAGAUUAAAAAAUAUAUUCUACAAUGGCUGACGUGGAAAUUCCCAUUACUGGAGAAAUUCAGUCUUCUGAUGAAAAACUACCGAAUUCUAAACGAUUCGAUUUUUCACAACUUGCUCUUCCACCACUGGGGCAAAUUACUUAUCCCCAGGCUCAAGAAUGGGUACAACAGAAGAAGGCUAAUGUCAAACCAUGGGCAUUAUUUUUAAAUAGCAAUAAUUUUAGACCACCGCCAAGUAUUACAAGAUUAAGUAAACGAGUAUUGAAAAAUUUAGAGUACUUCCAAAGUAAUUAUUUAUUUGUGUCAAUCAUCCUCAUUGUUUACGUUCUAAUAACGUCUCCACUGCUGUUAGUUGCCGUGGCAGGAUCAGUUGGAAUUUGCUACAAAAUUUCACAAAGACACACCACUAUUUUUAACAAUAAAUUAACUCUUCCUCAAGUGUACACCGUGAUUGGAAUAUGUUGUCUUCCUUUAUUUUAUUUAGUCGGCGCUGGAGGUGCGAUCUUCUGGGUACUCGGUGUUUCCUGUUUUUUGAUAACGAUUCACGCCAGUUUCUACAAUAUUGAUUCAGUACUUUGUCCUGGAGAGGAUGAACUUAAUUUAUUGCAGGAAGUAUAGAAUCUGAUAAAAACAAACACAGACAAUUUAAUCUAUUAUUAAUAUUUAAAAAAUUGUCUUGUCUGAUAUUUUUUUUACACUAUACAAAAAAAGAAAAUGCUGCGAAUUAUAAAAUUCCUCUAUUUAUAAAGAUUAAUU